GGACCCGGGUCGCGGCGGGGAGAUGGAGCUAGUCGGCGGCUGUUACGAGCAGAUUCUUUUCGGGUUCGCGGUGCGGCCGGGGGAGGUAACGGUGCCGAGGCGGCAGCUGCUGGGGGCCCCCCAGUAACUUACCCCGGAGUACUCCUUCCUAGGCAGUCAUUGCCAAAGUGCUGAAGGAGAAAGGGGAGGACUGGCUUGGAUUUUCCUAAGAGCCUCAACUUGUCUCUUUCUUCUGGAAACCAUAGAACCUCUUUCCACACAGCACCAAUCCAUCUGCAUCACUAGUCACAAGAACUGGAUGCCUAUCCCUGACUUUACCCAUCAUGCCCACACUGCCUCAUUAUCAGCAGUAGCUGUGAAUAACAGAUAUGUAGUCACUGGUAGCAGAGAUGAAACAAUCCAAAUAUAUGACAUGAAAAAGAAGAUAGAACAUGGGGCAUUGCUUCAUCAUAAUGGCACGAUAACUUGCCUGGAGUUCUAUGGGAAUGCACACUUAUUAAGUGGAGCAGAAGAUGGAUUAAUUUGUAUUUGGGACACAAAGAGAUGGGAAUGUCUGAAAUCCAUUAAAGCACAUAAGGGGCAUGUGACAUCUCUUUCUAUUCACCCUUCUGGAAAAUUAGCUUUGUCAGUAGGAACAGACAAAACAUUAAGAACAUGGAAUCUUGUAGAAGGACGAUCUGCCUUCAUCAAAAAUCUGAAGCAAAAUGCACACAUAGUUAAAUGGUCUCCUAGUGGAGAGAAGUAUGUGGUGGUCGUAACUAAUAAAGUGGAUGUCUACAAACUUGAAACAGCAUCUGUCAGUGGUGCCAUCACAACUGAGAAAAGAAUUUCUUCCGUUAGAUUUAUAACAGAUUCUGUUCUUGCUAUUGCCGGAGAUGAUGAAGUUAUAAGACUGUACGAUUGUGACUCACAAAAGUGCCUUUGUGAAUUUAAAGCUCAUGAAAACAGAAUAAAAGACAUCUACAGUUUUGAAAAAGAAGGACUACAGGUUAUAAUUACUGCAUCCAGUGAUGGAUACAUUAAAUUGUGGAAUCUUGAACUCGAUAAGAUCCAGGAUAGCCCAUCUUUGCUAUGUGAAGUCAAUACCAAAGCCAGGCUUACAUGUCUAGCAGUAUGGCUAGACAGAACUUCAGAAACCAAAGAGAACCCUGACAACGCUGCAACCUCUUCUUAUGGUAACAGAGUAAAUGAAGAUGAACAGCCAUUGAUAACUAGGAAAAAGAAGGUUUGUUGGACUGAUGAUAGUGAUAAAUCAGCAAAGGGAGAUAGACAAGUGACGCCCAAGAAACGAAAAUCAGAAGGUGCACAGCAAAAGAAGAAAACGAAACUACAGAGCUCAAAAUGAAUGUAACCUCUUUACCACUCAAAUAAUAAGCUGAUAUUAGUAAAUUUCGUUAUCGCUGUAACCAUUUUUUACACCUAUCACUUCUACUCAAGCCAUUUUUUGCCAUCUCAACAGGGCACAUAUUUCUGAAACUAUCUAAUUUUGGGAGUAGAAAAUUUUUCUACAUUGGUAAAUGACCAUUCAGAAUUUUGGAAGGUGGCAAAUCUGAUGGUACUAACUUUUCUUGAAAUAUACCAUUCAGAGGUAAACGCAUAAUGAUGUAUAUCUAAUUUAUGUUUUUAAUUAUAUCAAGUAUAGUAUAAACAUUCUCUUUAAACAGUUCUGAAAUUCAGUUUAAAACUACAAAAAUUGCUGCAGUUCUGUGUUAAUAUACUUGGAUUUUCUCGUUUUAAUAAUUAAAACUUGAAAAUAGGUUUCAGUGAAAUAUACAAUGAAAAUGUCUGCAGUUAACCAUUUCUACAAUGUUAAACUGUUUGCAACAGGACUGGCAGCCCAUAAAGAUCUUCCACAGUGUUUGGGCACUUGUAUCUAGGAGGACUCAAUUUUGGAAGGGACCAGUUUUUUAUAUAAUUCAGGGAAAACUGUGUUUUAAAUAUACCUACUAGGCUGGAUUUUUUUACUAAAAAAAUGUGCCUGCCUUUAUCACUUUAAGGGUUAUCUUUAGACAAUCUUAAUAUAUACUCCAUGAUGUCAUAAAAAUAGAACUACCAAAAAUAUCCUUCAUAUAUUCACAGAAAGAAAACUUGUGUUUAACCCUUAAGACAGCAAUGAAAAGAGGGUGUAAAAAGCAAAUUGUAUAUUUUUUGCCUUCUACUAUUUCAAGUCUUUAAUUUUAAAAAGGCCUGUGUCCAUAAAUUCAACUCUGUUUAUGUCCUCUUUUUUCCAGGAGUUGGUUUACUUGAUUGAAACAGGUUUCAGAGUAGUAGCCAUGUUAGUCUGUAUCCGCAAAAAGAACAGGAGGACUUGUGGCACCUUAGAGACUAACAAAUUUAUUUGAGCAUAAGCUUUUGUGAGCUACAGCUCACUUUAUCGGAUGCAUAGGUGCCACAAGUACUCCUCUUCUCUUUUUCAUUGAAACAAACACUUUGGUAACUUUUAUGCAGGCAUUUUACAAGUAUUUACAUUUACUCUCAGGCUGUUGAAAUGCCAGUGUUAAUAGGAAGUGGGCUAGAACAACUUUAAGAUGUCCUAUAUGUUUUAAAUCUUUAUGUUCAAAGAAAUCUAAUAUAAAUUAGUUAAGUUGGAAAAGCUUACAUUAAUUUCUUUCCUUCUCCUUUUCUCCCCUAAAAAUGUUUAUCAAGUCUGUGCUCUGAGAUUUAUUGUGUAAAACAGAGAAAGAGUAGUAUUUAUUAUGUACGUAAAGUUGUCUCCCUGAUGAACCAUUAUACCAUUGUGCUAAGUAUUUGUACUGGGCAUAAUUCCACCUAUCUUUAAAGGAAAGUGAGCAGAGAAUGUUCAGUCAAAAUAAGAAUCAUGGCUGACAAUAGGCAUUAAAGCAGAAAUGUUCUCUACUCCAGUGGUUCUCAACCAGGGGUCCAGGGACCCCUGGGGGCCGUGAGCAGGUUUCUGGGGCACCACCAAGCAGGGCCAGUGUUAGACUUGCUGGGGUCCAGGGCAGAAAGCUGAAGCUCCAUUGCUUGGGACUGAAACCCGGGGCUCUGAGUCCCACCACCUGGGGCUGAAACCGAAGCCUGAGCAAUGUAGCUUCGCUGGGGUGCCUGUGGCUACCCCCUAACACCGGCCCUGGCUUUUAUAUGCAGAAAACUAGGUAUUGUGGCACGGGUGGACUGUGGAUUUUUUAUAGCAUGUUGGUGGGGGCCGCAGAAAGAAAAAGGUUGAGAACCCCUGCUCCACUCUAUAUAAAAAUUUGAUUAACCUGAAUGUAGAGGACCAGAUUAGUAUUGAAGGGGUAGGAAAACUCAACAGAAUGAAUGGGGCCACACUGGAAAAGGAAUGCAGUGUAUCUUGGGGGGGGACAUAAAAUAAAACCUGUAAAGUAUUUUAGCACAGCAGCCUGACUCUGCCUGAGCACUAAAGGGUCCUCUGACACAAAAGCAAAACAAACAUCAUCUGGACUCUGCUAGGAUCUUUCACUUUAUGGUGGCAAUGUGUUCUUGGAGUAGGGAUCUAUGUUAAUCUUUUGUAACUUUUUCCCUUAUUUAGUUGAACUAAACCCUGUCUGUGUUAAUUUGAUUUUUAAACCUGGUUUAUAUUGAUUUAGCUUAGCUUCACAGGGACAGUUUAAAGUCACACCUUUAUUUAAACUUGCAUAACUCUGAAUGAAAAGGAGUACUUGUGGCACCUUAGAGACUAACCAAUUUAUUUGAGCAUGAGUUUUCGUGAGCUACAGCUCACUUCAUCUCAUGCUCAAAUAAAUUGUUUAGUCUCUAAGGUGCCACAAGUACUCCUUUUCUUUUUGCGAAUACAGACUAACACGGCUGCUACUCUGAAACCUGUCAAAUAACUCUGAAUAUACAUUAAGGCCUAAAAUAGUUUUUAGAAGCUUCUGGUUUUAUACAAAGCUUUUACCUAUAUAAAAUAAGCCUGAUCCAUUUGAGGGUGCAGUGUGAAAUAUAUCCAAUCAAAGUUUUAACUGACUGCUAGGCCAUUUUAGUGGCAGAUAUUGAGAGUUGUGUAUGGUUCUUUUAGAACUAUAUUUUGUAUAGUAUUUUCAGAUGUCUAUUUUUAUUUCUAUUUAAUAUGUCUAUGGGCUGAGGUGAUGGAUGCCAUUUAUACAUGUAGACUAGUAGAUAGCAAUUUUGGUUUUUUAAAUAUGUAGGAUGAAUUUUCACAAACACUGCAAUAUGGAAAUAUGCAGAUUAAUCUCUACCCAAAAAAUUAAGCAUAUACGUGUUUGACUGUGGAUCAAAAACUUGAAUUUAUUGGCUAAGACCCUAUCCUGCCAAGACUUUUGAACUUGCUUACUGCACAUGAGUAGACCUAUUGUCUUCAGUGGAAUUGCUUGCAUGUAAAUCUUUGCAGGAUCUAGGCCUAAAGAACUAUAUGACGUUAGCCCCCUUCCAUAAAUGUCUCCACAGCCAAUUCUAUGGCCCCAGGUGCAAGUAUACUCAUGCUGACUAUAGCCUGUUUCUGACUCUGAUAUUACUGAAAAGGUUCAGUGCUGUACAGUGUUGGUUUGGGACUGCUCGCUUUUUUGCUUUGAAACCUGAAAUGUGGUGUCCGCUCUGAAUUCCUAUUCAACACCUCUCAGGUUCUUUGAACCCUGUAGUACCAUUGAAUUGAAGAAAGUGAGAAGAUAGUUUAAGCACUUGUUCAGGUGGUUUUGUUUAAAUCUUAGUAGUUUGUAAGAAGUGUUUUUCUGUAUCCUUCAUAUGUCUUUGGGAUAUAUUUUACCUCACAGUACACAAGGUGUUGGCAGGAAAUGUUAGUGCAAAACACUUUCUUCAGCAAAUGUGUCCUUUUUACCAGUGUUGCAUACUUACUAUAGUGGAAGAAACUGUUGCAUUUACCACACUUGUGAAUGCAUUUGAUGAGGGCCAGAGGGAUCUUCUGUAAUUGGGCUUUCAGCUAAUUACUAGACAGAAGAAACAUUGAAAAAAAACUACUAAUCAAUAACAUCUGAAAUGUGUAUGUUACACUUUGAUAAGGACUGAGCUGCAGUGGAAUAAUACUGUUUACUAGAUAUGAUCCCAGUAAUCAAGUUAUUGUCUGGAUCUGAAUUUCCUAAGAAUUUGUGGGUGAGGUUUGGAUCUGGAGUUUCUGCUUGGGCCCAUCGCUAGUUUUUUAACCUCUCUAAUUGUAGAGGCGUAUAUAAACUAUAUAUCAUUUUAUGCUAACUAUAGGCCCAAAGUUGGAUAGUCAACAAAAUUUCCAUAAGUCAGCAGUCAUUACAGUGGCAGUUAUCCUAGUUAAGUCUGAAAUGAAUCUCCUGUUGUCAACUGCAGUCUCUCUUUUUAUUUAUUAUUAAAUAAAGUUAUUGAUAACAUUCUCAAACUCCUUUUGGGCUGAAAAGAAAUGUUUUUCAUGGUUUUUUUAGGUCAGAGGUGACGUUUAAAAAACAACAAAAAAAACCUUUCACCAAAAUCCAUUAAGCCUUUUUUUUUUGAGAGGUGUAUGCAGUGACAGACCAACCAUUUUCUUCCACAUGCUCCUGUCAGAUACUUUUAGCAAGUGUAAUUCAGCAAUAACCAGUGUGAGGGCUGAAGAUAUACAUGUUUAAAAAAAAAAAGAGUUCUGCAAGGUAAGCACUUCUUAGCUGAAACAUAUGUCCCACGCUGUACAUUGAUAGCAUGUUCUUAUCACAGUCUAUAUGAAACCCAUAGUAAAGACCUAUUUCUGUUUUACUGAGCAAAUCCAGGAGAGAAGCUUCUGAUAAGACAGACAUGUUGAGCGGCGAUCAGAAGAACUGGGCACAAUGGCCCAUCAUCUGUUUAUCACAACUGCACCUAUUGUGGUUGGUUGGUUUGUCCCUCCUUGGGACCCAGCCAAGAAAAAGAACAUUCUCUCUUAUUUCAGAGUAGCAGCCGUGUUAGUCUGUAUCCACAAAAAGAAAAGGAGUACUUGUGGCACCUUAGAGACUUAACAAAUUUAUUUGGGCAUAAGCUUUAGUGGGCUACAGCUCACUUCAUCGGAUGCAUGCAGUGGAAAAUAGAGUGGGGAGAUUUUAUAUACACGGAGAACAUGAAACAAUGGGUGUUACCAUACACACUGUAACGAGAGUGAUCAGGUAUUUUAUAUACACGGAGAACAUGAAACAAUGGGUGUUACCAUACACACUGUAACCUGAUCACUCUCGUUACAGUGUGUAUGGUAACACCCAUUGUUUCAUGUUCUCCGUGUAUAUAAAAUCUCCCCACUCUGUUUUCCACUGCAUGCAUCCGAUGAAGUGAGCUGUAGCUCACGAAAGCUUAUGCUCAAAGAAAUUUGUUAACUCUCUAAGGUGCCUCAAGUACUCCUCUCAUCUCCCCCUGCAUCUGUUUUUCAUUCUUUUUUUCCUUCAUCCUCCUCUUAUCAGUAAUAGCAAGUAGAUGAAAAUAAAGUGUUGUUUAUUCUUGA